GCUGUGAUUCCCUGGCCGGAGGCUGGGAACAAUGCCAGGGGGUGGGGAGGUGGGUGAAUGCUGCUGGUGUGGAAGUGUGGGAAAGGAUCAGCAGAUCUGCUCAUGUGCAUUCUCUUUUGUCUUCCAGCGGAAUUGAGUCCCUCUCUUCGGAUGAAAGAGAGUUGACAGCCAGUGGCACAGAGGGAGAGUGCUCGGCUGAGAGGCACCCAGCAGGAGGAGCCAGUUCUGAAAGCAGCUCCAGCAACAGCUCAGAAGAGGAGUCAGAUGAAGAACAGGAGGAGAAGGAAUCCUCACCAUGCUGUGAUGAAUCAGCAGUGAGCUGUCUGCCACCCUGUGAGCACUGCAGAAAUGGAAAUGAGCAGAAGGAGCAAGUGACCCCUAGGAGACUUGCUGGAGGACAAUUUGUGAUGCAGCUGGAUGCAGAGGGCACUUACCAGUGCAGCCUCACAGGCUUGAUUUUUGAGGUGACAGGCGCUGUCAAGAUCAUGUAUUCCCUCUUAUCCUGGAGCAAAUAUGCCAACCUGGUGGAAAAGCCAUGGAUUGUGGGAGGUCCUCUCUUCGACGUGUGCUGCGACUCAGCUCCUGCUCUCACCUCCAUCCAGUUCCCCCACUCCCUCUGCCUCGGUGAUCAUGGUGCUGGCAUGGCCUUCAAGGUGCUACACAUCAAAGGGGAGGGAGCAGCCAUCGAACCUUCCGCUGACUACUCGGCAUCGCACGUCAAGUGGGUGGUGAGCUCACUGUCACCAGUGGGACCUCUCCUGCAGAGCCAGGAGCCUGUGCAGUAUCAUGGUGCUGUCAUCCUCUACAAAGUCAUUGAUGAACAUCCCUCCUUGUCCUUUCGGGUCUAUGUGGCUACAAACAAUGACUCCUUUAUAAAGGAUAUCUCCAGAGCUGUGAAACACUCCAAUAAGAAAUUUGUGAAAAUUGACAAACCCCCUGUCUGCCAAAAAUUACUCCAGAAUGGAAAGAGGUACAGAUUGGUUUGUGAGCCAGAAGCUGAAAUAACUCCUGAGGAAAUUGAAUUUGUUGAUGGAUCACUGUUGAAACUGAAGAGUUACAUUGAAGUGUACUUGGAGAAACCUGAUGACUUCACCUUGUCUCUGGUUGAGUUGGAGUCGGAUGCGACUGUCUGGAAAGCAAAGCUACGAGAGAGUGACUGGAUCCAUUAUGACCAGAACAAAAACGAGCAGAAGAGAAGCACAGCCAGUAUCAAAAAAAGGAAACCAUCUAUCAGCAUUUUGGAGGAGAAUGGGGUCUGUAGCAAAAAGCAAAAGACCAGCAGCACUGCAGAUGAAGUUGAAGCCAAACCCUUAACAGAUCAGCAGCUGAUGGUGAUUGCGAAGCAGAUGGGUCGGCAGUGGAGGGAAAUUGCCAUCGAGUGCCUUCAGAUGGAGAUGAAGGACAUCGAGCAGAUUCGAGCCACAGAGGAGGAAGUCAAUAUGCAGAAAUUUCUGGUGUUGAGCAAGUGGAGAGACAAGGAACAAAGCAAUGCAACUGCAGAAGCUUUGCACAGGAUUCUCAGUGAAAAAGCAUCCUAUGAGAUACUGCAAACGCUGCAAGGUUUCUCAGCUCAGGGCUGA